GGCCAAUCCACUCCGCGCCCUGGGUUUGGAGAGGGAGGAGGGUCCCUCGGGGUGGCGAGGAUGCCUUUGCCCGGCUGAGGAUAAACAAUGCGCCCUGCCUCGAGGGCGAGCUCCAGAAGGAGGGCUGCCCGCCUGCCUGCCUUCCUGCGUGGUCAGCAGGGUCUUCUGAUGCCCUUCCAUCGGCAGAGGAGGCGAAGUCAGGCGUGGGAGGGGGGGAGAGGCGUGCGUGGGGUUUGUUUACUGCAGCAACGCUAGGAUGGAGAGGUGAACCGCUGCUGCACUUCUUCGUCGAGCUGCUUUGCAAUCUCGCUUAAACCGAUGCCCAAAGGAAAGGAGGGAAACCCCAAAGGAGGAGGAGGAGGAGGAAGCCUCUUAUAAUGGGACCGGGCAUCCGGGAUUACCCCUCCUUGCUGCGCAGAGGGAGCCUGGAGGAAGGCGCCUCGAUCCAUGAGAUCCACAAAGGAAAAGGAACGGUAACUGGAGAAAAGAGCCAUCCAAGUGCCCUGGAACUAAAGAACCACCCAAAUGGCAAGGAACUAAAAAGAUCACCACCUCAAGUGAGAUGUUCUUUCAACAGACCAAGCAAAAAUGUUUCUGCCCCUACCAAAAAGAGUUCCUGCCUGGCUCCAGACCACAGACAAAUACCCUUUCACUGCAAAGAAAAAAGCCAACUUUGUGAAGGUCAUCAACAAAGCAGAACAAGAGAUGAUUGCACUGCCUCAUACAGAGCACCAUGUAUAAAAAAAGAUGCUGUGGUUCGAAAACAUUAUGAAGCCAGAGAGAGUAAAAUCCCUUCUCCAUUUAAGGACAAAUCCUCAAGUGAUUCCAGCAAAGCUGAAGAUAUGCUGAUUCCGAGUUUUUAUUGCAAAGACAAAGGUCAUUUUGGGCAGCUCUCUGGAGGGCUUCCAGAUGAACCAGACCCUUGCAGCCCUGUACGUCCAGGUGCCUCUGCUGAUGCCAUGUUUCUUGACUUCGGAUCUGUGCAAAUUAUGAAAGAGGACUCCGAUGAGGACAGCGCCAGUGACCUUUCUGACUCGGAGAGAAUUCCCGUUCCUCCCUCGCCUUGUACGCCACCGGAGCUCAAUCUCCGAGCUGAAGAAAUUGAUCCACUUCAUUUUGAACACCUCUUUGAUGCCAAAUCUAAACGGCCAGAUUAUUAUUACCCCGACUUCCUCCCACCCCCAUACAACACCUGGGAUUUGAAAGAGCUCGCAGUGUUUGUCAACACAGAAUGUAAAUCCGAGCCAAAAAUCCCAGCUGUGGGAUUUUUGGACAAGUACAUCGAUCGGCUUUUGGAGUUGGAAUGGCUGCAGAUACAAACAGUACAAGCUGAGCAAGGAAAGGCAGGCAAAAGUAGACCACAGACUGCUCCUGGUAUCCUUCGAACCUUAAAAAGUCCUGGCAAAAUCAAAUCAUUGCAUAGUCCUUCGCCGAACAAACAAUUGAUUCCCCAUGAAAGCUUUUCUAGACUCCCCAUCAGCCAUUCGGCUCCCAGAAGAGACCUGCAUGGGGAAAGAACCAGCCAGUUUGUUCCCUAUGAGAGUCACUCAAGAGGAGCAACAUCUAGCUCAUUAGCUCACCAGCGGCGAUCUAGUGAAGUGAAGAGUGAAGCAAAAAAGCGGCCGACUACCAAACAGCAGCAUCUUACUAGACAUCCUUCUGAUACAAGCUCUAUGAUCCAAGGAGCUGGCAAUAUGAGGCCACUCAAGACACCCCCCUCCUUCCAUAGCCCAACAGUUCCUCUCAAGGGGCAAGCAGCCCAUGCACCUUCAAAUUCUAAGAAGAAUGGAAAUGUUAACAGUUAUCUUCCUUCUAAAAAAGCAUCAGUGGACAAGAAGCAUAAAGCAAAUGGUGUGAAGCAGACACAAUUUAAAUGAUGUUGUGACGGGGUUUGUCAAAGUGGGCCCUAGAAACCUUUCCUGUGAAGCGGACAAGAGUAGAAUGGUUGGCCUACAGUGAGGCAAACCUUCAUAGGGUACAUCUACUGUGUAAAACUGCUGCAGUUUGACACCACUAAUUGCCAUGCCUUAGUGCUAUGGAAUCCUGGGAUUUGUAGUUUGGUCAGGCACAAGUACUCUUUGGCUAAAGACCUUGUACAACUACGACUCCCAUGAUUCCAUAGCAUUGAGUCUAGGCAGUUUAAGUGAUAUCCAACUGCAUUAGUUCUACAUUGUAGAUGGGUCCAUAAAGAGCCAUGUACAGCUCACAGCCCUUUCCAUUCUAGUGAACAUAAUACAGAAAGUUGUGUGAUCCAUCCUCUUGUGCUCACUGCAAGGAAAAGGAAGAUAACAUGUUUGUCUUCCUAAGAUUCCUUUGGUAGCUACAUAAAAAAAAAUAUUUGGAGCUUACCUCAUGUAGUUCAUACUAUUUUUGUUGUUAUGUGCCUUGAAGUUGACUCUAACUUAUAACUACUCUAUCAUAGGGGGUUUUUUUUGGGGGGGGGGGUGUUUAUUCAGGUGAGGUUUGUCAGUUGCCUACCUUUUAGGCUGAGGAGUGUGUCUUUACAAAUGUCACCCCAUGGGUUUCCACAGCUCAGUGAGGAUUCAAAUCCUAGUCUCUUGAGUUCUGCUCUGACAUUCAAACUACUACACUAUACUGUUUUUAUGCUAUUUAUUAUUUAUUCAUUUUUAAAAUCUGAAAUGAAAUAGCUAGUUUGAGUAAAUAAUACGUCCAGGUGAAUAACAUUUAUUUAUUUUUGGCAAAAGAUUUUGCAGCCAGCAUUUCCAAAAUGGAAAGUUCUAAUUUUCCACUGUUCUCCCAAUGUGUUGAAAUCAAGAUGCACUAGUAAUGAAAGACUGUGUUAGUCUUCAGUUCUUCUCUCAUAGUCAUGUCAUGAUUUUAGUGCAUGUGAACAGAUCCUUAAGACCUCAUACUUAUGGAAUCAUUAUGAUUGUUUCUCACUUAAUGGUGCUGUUCUUAUGUUGAAAUACAAGCUUUUCAUAUGCAUAUAUUUAUAGUCAUAUAUAGAUGAAAGUUCAGUUUUAAUGAAGGUCUCCAAAGCAAUUUUUAGUACAUCUACUUCUUGAGAUACUUGGAUAUUUAUUUUGCUUGAAGGAUGAUAGACAUUUUGCAGAUCUGCUUGAUAGAGCUGUAAUGGCGAGACAUAAUGAUGAAGCCAUUUAUGUCAGCCAUAUAAUUGGAAGGAGGGGGGAGAGAAAGGUUUAGAGAAUGAAAUAUGGGGGAAAGUUGCUGCAAUGUGAAAUAAUUGAACUUGCCAUGUCCAGAAGGGAAGACAGUCUCUGCUAAUGAAGAAAACACAUGAAGACACACUCUAGUUACAUUGUGAGCUUGACCCUUGUUUACUGUUCAUUGCUGCUAGAAAGAGUACGUCUUCCUCACUGAAAAAUGUCUUAUGCCCCAUGUUCCUAGAGGUCUCACUGCCCAUGCUUCAUCAUAUUUUAUCUUUUACCAGCACAAUAUGCUUUAUUUUUAGCAAGAAGUCUUCUGUUGCUCUUCCGUAAGAAGGUUGUUUGUUUUCUAAUAUGUUAUCCUCUUAUGAGAUUACAGAGUCAUGCUGUAAUUUGCUUCUGAAGUGGUGUUGCUUUGUGGUGUUGGAAUGAGCAGGUAAAAUUAAUUCAUCCCUCUUGCUCAUUUAUAAUUCUUGUUUUGUUCUUUUGUUUUUCCUUCAAAAGCUUAGUGGGUUUAGCACCGAGCCAGCAAGCUUUACUUAUGCAAAAUCAAAGAUCUUCCUAUUCAGCUUGACAAUUUUCUCCAGGACCUCUGAGGGCUUACAAGGAUUUCUGUUUGCUUGUUUGGUUUGUGUUGGGUGUUGAAUAUCGUAGGACUAUAAAGGAAUAUCCAGAAAACACUGCCCUCAGCAAAGGUAAGCAUUAACCUUGAUUUUGCACAGCAAUAGAGCAAGGAACAUCAUGGUUUACGUAUGUCACAUCAAAACUUGACCAAACCUUGACCCAUGUCCCAGGAUCCAAUUUCUCUAGUCCCUGAAACCCCUUCACUUCUCUGUCAAAGUCUCCCAUCUACUGUUUUUGCAGUAUAAUUUUAGGGCAGUAUUUUCUCCCAAACCAUAUAGAAUCCUCCCUCCCAAAUGAAUGAGAACAUGCAAAACUUUCACCAUGUCUCUGCCCCCACAAGCAUCUCAGAAUCCAGUACUACAAUCUUUCCAUCUUUCUCUACAGUCUCUUCAAAGUGGUGAUACAAUGUAAUUUUUGAUAGGGACUGCAGAAGAAAACAGGUACAGUACUAGGUCUUACUGGGAGGAGCAAAGGUUGGGGAACAUUGGCUCCAGAACCCAUGCCGUUGCCCAUCCUUAAUGCAUGGCAUCCAGUAGUGGUUUGUGGGCAAGAGUGAAUCCUCUUCUUAGCACAGUUGCUCCAUCCAUCCAUCCAUCCAUCCAUCCAUCCAUCCAUCCAUCCACCCUUCUUACCCUUGGCAUAAUCCAAAACAUUUAAAAUUAUUUGAAGUAAUAAUUUUAAAAUAUAUCAAAGUGCAAUACUUGAACUCUACAGCUGCUUUAGAAGCUAGUGCUUCCAAAGGAUCGUCAGGUUCUGAUAGAUCUUUAGAGGGAGAGGACACAGUUUUGGAGAAACAGUCAAUCCAAUUCAUGGGAUUCAGAGCACAGAGAAGCUUCAUCUAUGUACUUUAAAAACAAGAUACCGUAUAAUAUUUAGAACAUGGUCCUGGAAGACUUUGAUGCCCCAGUCUUCAGAGACUAUUGCAUUUGCUGUAUUGGGGGCUUAGUCUUUAGAGCAGCAGUUCCCAAAUUUCUUCAGUCAUGGAACCCUAACUCUGUAGUUAAACAUUGUGAAUCCACAAAUCCUUUUUUCGCCUUCUCCUAUUAUCUGAUAUUUUGUACAAUGUAGCAGGUUUGAAAAUAAAAGGAUUCAAAUUUUGUUUUUUAAAGCAGAAUUUCAAUAAUAUCUUCAUACUUUGGCAUUGACUUUUUAAAAAGUAUUUUUAAAUUAAAGAUUUUUUUGUGUGUAAUCCCUGUGAUAUUUUUGCAGGAAGCUAGGGUUCUGCAGAACCAGUUUGGGAACCACUACGCUAGAGAGAUGAUUUUUUGUGUGAGCAGGGUUUUGAAAUGCAUAGAAUAUCCAUCUGCACACGGGAACUCCAUAAAAGUUGUCAAAGUGGACAUAGAACUCUUCUCCAUAUGGACAACAGAAAAUAAUUAUGAGUGAUCAGUUAAAAUAUUUUCCAACUUCUUCCAUAGAAUAAUUGCAGCAGCAUAAAUUUGAUAAUACAGGUAUGUGUGUAUGUUCAUAUAUAUAUAUAUUUGUGUGUGUGUGUGGGACUUUCAAGUUUCUGGCAGCUAUGAUUUUAAUGAAAGUUUUAAAAAGUAAAUUGAACUGUGUACACAUUUAAAAGGGGUUGAAUUUGUACUAUGAUGUUGAUCUAUGUCCUUUUACUUCUUCCUCGUUGCCUGACCACAACUCCAUAAAAUAUGAAAGCAUGGAAAUGUACAUCAUUAAGAUGUCCAUUAAAAUAUGAAUAA